GAAUGGUUUGUGUUAUGUUACAUUUAUAUAGAGAUAGAGACACACACAGAGAGAGAUUGAUGUGAUUUAAGGGAGAGAGGGAUGAACUGCUUUUGUUCUGGUACUCGUCGGAAGGAUGUGGGCAUCGAGAGCAGUUUAGGGUCAAACUCAAAGACAAAGGUGAAGAGAGCGGCUGCAACGAGUUACAGUUUUCGCGAGCUUGCAGCGGCGGCGAAGGGUUUUAACGAAGAGAACUUGAUCGGGGAAGGAGGUUUCGGAAAGGUGUACAAGGGUCGUCUCUCUACAGGACAGCUUGUGGCCAUAAAACAAUUACGUCUAGAUGGUGAAACUCAUCAGGGUAAUCGGGAAUUUGUGACGGAGGUUCUUAUGUUGAGCCUCCUACACCAUUCAAAUCUUGUUAAAUUGUAUGGCUACUGCACCCAUGGGGAUCAAAGGCUUUUGGUAUACGAAUACAUGCCUAUGGGAAGCCUGGAACAACAUCUCUCAGAGAAGAAACCACUGAGUUGGAGAACUCGACUGAUGAUUGGGGUGGGGGCUGCGAGGGGACUCCAGUAUCUACACUGUAUAGCGAAUCCUCCUGUCAUCUACCGGGACUUGAAAUCUGCCAACAUCUUGCUAGACAGCAAUCUGCACCCAAAACUCUCUGACUUUGGGCUUGCAAAGCUAGGACCCGUUGGAGACAAUACCCAUGUUUCCACCAGAGUCAUGGGAACAUAUGGGUACUGCGCCCCGGAGUAUGCCAUGAGUGGCAAAUUAACUCUUAAAUCUGAUAUCUACUGCUUUGGUGUCGUCUUGCUCGAGCUGAUCACCGGACGGAAGGCCAUGGAUGUCACUAGGAAACAUCGGGAGCAAAGCCUGGUUGCAUGGGCUCGGCCAUAUUUGAGCGACCGGAGAAAGGUUACGCAGAUUGUUGACCCUCUUCUGGAACGAAACUACCCUUUACGCUGUUUGCAGAAUGCGAUUGCUAUCACUGCAAUGUGCCUCCAGGAGCAACCCAAUCUUCGUCCCCCCAUAAGUGACAUUGUCGUUGCGUUGGAGUACCUUGCCUCUGAAAGUGUCUCUGAAGUCUCCAGGCACCGCCAACGCAGCGCUAGCCCACCACGCCAAUCACUCUCACCAUCCGAUACCCAAACAGACCCACACUAGAAUUCAGCAUCUUUUCCUCCCUGUAAUAUAUUCAUCAUCUUCUUCUUCUUUUAUUUUAUUUUCUAAAUAUUUUUAUUAACUUUCUUAUUUUA